AAUCAGAAACUAGGUUAUAUUGAAACCACUAUAAAUUUUAAGAAAAGUAGUAACGUAAAUUUAAAUUUAACUUCUUAAAGAACUACACAUAGAAAAAUUAAUGUUUUGGAAAUUAUAUGGGAUAAGAUUAAACCUGGACAAUGACACAAAAAGAUGAUGCCCACAAAAGAUGAAAUUGAGUGGCAGAUACUAGGAGCUAUUUUUGGAGGAAUACAAGUUGAUGGCAUUUGCACAGAUGCUCAAAUUUAGAAUCUUACAGUUGCCUACAAGGAACCUGACGUCGCAAAAUGCUUAAAAAUCCAAAGGAUUAAAUAGGCUGGCCACAUUAUUAGAAUAAACAGGGAGCAUACAAUGCAGAAAAUAUUCCUGGCAAAGUCCACUGGAACAAAAACUAGGUGCCGACCCAACCUCAGAUGAGUAGAUUGCCUGGAAGGGGACUUCGCCACUUUAAAAUGAUUAACUGGAAGACCAUGGCCAAGAAAAGAGAGGUCUGGAAGAAAAUUCUUGAGAAGGUCAAGGCCCACCCGGGGCUUUUGCGCCACUGAAGAGGAUUUAAACAUAUUACCAUGUUGCAAUGUUAAUACAUUGCAAAUAUUCUUAGUAAACAAACUUGCAGUGGUCAUCAUCUCCAGCAGUGAGUGUGUUAAAUAAAAAAAAUUACAAAAAUAUCAGAAUCUUAGGAAAUAUUUAUCGUCUUGAUGGUGAGAUAAUAGAUUGUUUGAGCUAGUUUGAAAAAUGGAUAGUUUUUUCAGAAAUUUAUUUAAGAAGGACCAGUUCUUUACAUACAUUUAUAAUUUUAAAAAUGCAUUUAAAGCCAUUGGAACUGAAUAGCAUUGUGGGAUGUAUCAUUUGAAUCUUUCACUUUCAACUUCAUCAAAUAUGCUGUUUAAAGAAUUAUGGCCAUGAUUUGGACCAAACAAAAAUCAGAAACAGAAAAUGCUGAAACAGCUCACCAUGUUUCUUUAGUUCGAAUUGAAGAAAAAAGUUGUAAACAAUUUCUUCCUUUCUUCAUCGAUGAUGAUGAAGAAGAUGCUGGUAGCAGCAGAAAAAAAGGAUCUGAAAUAAGAGUUGGAAAUGAAUACCAGUGUCAAGUUCCAGAUUUCAUUGAAAGUGACGUUCCAAAACGUUCUUCAUCUCCUGAUACUCUUCUUUGGAAUCCAAAAGCACUUCCUGAAAAUGUUGUUGACUAUUAUUUAAGAACUGUUGGUUAUCGCAAUGCUGUUGAUGAAGAAAAAGCGCUAUGGUUGCUUCAUCAAUGCGAAUACAAUGUAGAUGAAGCUGUUAGAAGGCAUAACUUUAUGCCUCCUGUAUCCCGUAGCAAUAGUUCAUGGUCUGAUUGUGAGCGCAACUGUUUCGAGCGAGGUUAUAGAAUUUAUGGGAAAAAUUUCACCUCAAUUCAGAAAAUGAUCCGUAGCAAGAGUGCAGAAGAUAUCAUUGAAUACUACUAUUUAUGGAAAAAUAAAAGACUCAAAAAAAGUACUAUGAAUGGGAAUUCAUGUGUUCCUAAAGAAAAGCAAUAAUUGUUUUGUGCACAAUUUAAACCGGUUCAAAUUUUAAAUUUUGUAUAUUUAAAUUCAGACCUGAAGAGAUAUAUCUCUGUUGUAAUUGUUCAUGUUUUUAUUAAAUAUACUGUGAUA